GCUGCCAUGGCAACACCAGCGCUUAAGGCUUGAAGAAGGAGAUGAGCUCAAAGAGGUAUGGUGUUUCUUAUGGAAAGUAUUCAGUUAUUUCAUGAUGGCAUUUGCACCUCCAAAAAGCAUAGAUGGUCCCAAAAUGCAGACAAAGAUGAGUACCUGGACACCCCUAAACCAUCAGCUUUUGAAUGACCAGGUAUUUGAAGAAAGAAGAGCUUUGCUUGGAAAAUGGUUUGAUAAAUGGACAGACUCUCAGCGGAGAAGAAUCUUGACAGGCCUGUUAGAACGUUGCUCCCUGUCACAGCAAAAGUUCUGCUGUCAAAAGCUUCAGGAAAAAAUUCCAGCAGAAGCUCUGGAUUUUACUACCAAGCUUCCAAGGGUGUUAUCUUUACACAUCUUUUCUUUUCUGGACCCCCGAAGCCUUUGUCGUUGUGCACAGGUGAGCUGGCAUUGGAAGAACUUAACUGAGCUGGAUCAGCUCUGGAUGCUCAAAUGUUUACGAUUUAACUGGUACAUCAAUUUCUCUCCAACUCCCUUUGAGCAGGGUAUAUGGAAGAAGCACUACAUUCGGAUGGUAAAAGAACUUCAUGUUACCAAGCCUAAGACACCUCCAAAAGAUGGGUUUGCAGCUGCUGAUGUUCAACCAGUUACAAGCAGUUCUCCAGAGGACAAGCAGUCUCCAGCAUCAGCUUUCCGGUUCUCUUCCUCUUUGAGAAAGAAGACUCAAGGGGAGAAAGAACUCCCACCAUGGCGGUCCUCUGACAAACAUCCAACUGAUAUCAUUCGCUUCAAUUAUCUGGACAACUGUGACCCCAUUGCGCAAAUCUGGCAAGGAAGGAGGAAAAGACAUGAAAUGAACCCAGGUUUCAGCCGACAGCCCCAUGAUAAGAAAAAUAAAUUGCAGGACAGAUCUAAGCUAAGAAAAGCACAGUCACUGAUAUCCCUGAGUACAGAACCCAGCCCCCCUCUACAAGAUCCUGCUCAUCUCGCCUGGUCUCCUCAUCAGUGGGCAGGGCUGCCAGCCACCGAAGCAGCAAAGAAAAUCCUUACACAGCAUCUCCAGAGGCACUCUGGGCUUCAGGCAGUACCCAGCCAGGCUCAGAUCUGAAGUCAAUUUAAACAUGUGAAAGGAUUUUGAAUGAAAUGACAAGGUGCUCUUGGAGAGUUGGAUGUUACUUGGCUCAUCUAUUAGAAAUUUUCCACUUAGGCACCUUCUUGGGAUAGUGAGUUCUAUAGUAUUUCAGUAAAAAGUAUUCAUGGCAUAAGUGCUGACAUAUUUACAAACUUAGAUACAAGUGUGAUGAUAGAUACCAUGGGGUUGAUAAAGGGCCACAGGCUAGCAGGGAUGGUGAUAGUGGGUGUAUGGGGUAGGGUCCCAGAAGGAUACAGACAGCACACUCCCCAGGCUACUUGAGCAGUUUCAUGAAGGGGCUGUUCACCAUGGGGUCUAGUUGGCUAGGGCUGCCAUAACAAAGUACCACUGUCUUCAUCUGUUCCAGCUGCUGGAACAAAAAUACCAUGUUUGGUAUUUGGAUUUGUCUCUCAGUUCUGGAGGUUCAGAACUCUAAGAUCAAGAUGUCAGCAGAGGUGGCUUCUUCUCAGGCCUCUCUCCUUGGCUUGUGUGUGGCCACCUUCUCCUUGUGUCUUCAUAUGGUCCUCUUUCUGGGCAGGUCUGGGUCAUAAUCGCCUCUUACUUUGAAGACUCAAGUCAGAUUAGAUUAGGGCCACCCAUAUGACUUCAUUUAGCUUAAGUUACCACUUUGAAGACCCUAUCUCAAAAGACAGUCACAUUCUGAGGUCCUGGGGGUUAGGACUUUAAUAUAGGAAUUUGGGGGAAGGUACUGAGGGGGGGCAGGAAGCUCAUAACAACACUGCAAGAAGGGUUAAGAGAAUCAAUAUGAGACGAUGAAGUACCUAGGAACUGGCAACAGUGGAAGCCUUUGUCAUCCUGUGGCUUGAAGAGGCAAAAGGGGAAGGGCCUAUUGUUCUAGAACCCGGGAAGAGCUGUAGCCACAGGAGAGGAGCCACUUACCAGGCUGUAUUCUGUAUGGUGCAGGAACACAGCCACUGCAGAAACCAAGGCCUAGUGGGGAAGGAAGAGGGAGAAGACCCAGCCCCUCUCACUCCUUGCCCCUUGACACUCCGACGGUGCUUGCCUUUGGUCAAACCCAUCUGGAAGUCAGAGAACAAAGAAGCCUGGGAAGAAAUGUGGCCAGGAGUGGGUGGAAGGGGUAUUAUAUGAGUAGGACAGUGAGGAAUAACCAGCACAAUGGGGGAAAUGUAUACAUUUCCCAAGAAGGAAUUAUAAUUGAUAGUCAAGCAACCAUAAAUGGGCAUUAAAGAGUAAUUUGGAAACAGAAAAUGUUACUUGGCUGCAAAAUGUUACUUAGCUGCGAAAGUAUUAGUCAUACUAAACUCAACCACCUACUCAUGUAACCAUUUCAAGGUCCCGUAAGUUACCAUUCUAGGAUACUUAUUUACCUAAGUAAAGCAGAAUGAUAAGAAAACAA